GCUGUUCAAAUUAAAUCCGCUCACAAAUAUUAGUAAUCAUAAUACACCUGAUCAUUUAAAUAUUGAGGAGAGUCUUUAUUAAUUAAUAAAUGCAAUUACACCAAGAGUAUAUCAAAACAGGAAUAAUUAUUAUUUUGAAUCCUUUAAUUUUAGCAACUAUGGAUAAAUUGAAAAAGAUAAUUGUGAAGGAAUCUGCUCAUUUUAAAAUGUAAGAUUUAACUUCUUUAUUUGAUAAUAAGAUGGGGUGUUUAUGUAAUAAUUAUUCACAUUUUAAGAGCUUAAAGAAUGAAAUAUUAUACUCUGGAGAUUGGCUUGACGAUUUAAGACAUGAAUAUUGAUAUGGGAAGGCUAUAAAUUUAGAUGGAAGUGUUUAUGAAAGUUUUUUUUUUAAAUAAGAUAAGUAUUAUUGUCUAGGUAGAUUAUUAUAUCAUGAUGGAGAUUAUUAGAAGGAGAAUUUGA